ACACCAUCUGCGGCUACGACCCUUACCACUGGUCAACCUGCCUGCUGCAGUACCGAGACGACUCGCAUGGCUGAUUCCUCGUACAUGUCUACGACAAGGACUACAGUUUCACCAGCCUUUAUGAUCAGCACUUCAUCAGAAAGCUCGGAUGGAGACGCGAAAUCGGACAAGAUCGUUUUUGGUGGGAAGGGAACAGGCAUAGGAAAAUUCAAAACCAACUCUGGUGUGGUCGUAUCCACAAACAAUGAGAUAUUCGUGACAGACAUGCACAACAGACGAGUUCAGAUUUUUACAAUAGACGGAGCUUUUCUAGGCAACUUUUCAACGGUAGUACCUGGUGAAAAUGACAUCGCGAUGUUGCCUUACGAUAUUGCAAUCGACGGGAAAGCGAACUUGUGGGUAGUGGGGAAACAUAUCUAUGUCAAUGAAAAACCUGUACGUCUUGCUGUAUACGUGGUGAAAUAUAACCGGGAUGGCCUGCCACGUACCAAGUUCGACAUACCAUACAGUACCACCUAUUGGCUCCCUACCAUCACCGUGGACACACGCAGAGACAAAAUCAUAGUGGUAGACAAAGGUAAAGUUUUCACGUAUGCACCAGAAAGCUACUACCAGAGGUCAGAGUUUACGACGAUACCAGGAUAUUUAGUAUCAUACGUCACAGUGGACCUAACAGGAAAUAUCCUUCUUACUUAUGAUUAUCCCAGGGAUUAUGGCUCUGUCCAUGUGUACAGUCGCAAUGGUGAUGGGCAGCUGUUAUUCAAAUUUGGAACCAAAGGUAACGGUCAACUGCGUAACCCCAAAGGUAUUUGUGUGGACCCCACUUCUGGUAACAUAUUAGUGGCUAACAGGAAUAGGGAGCGGGUAGACAUGUUUACGAGUAGUGGGGUAUACGUCCGCACUGUCGUCGAGGCCCCACGGCCGGGUGGUAUUGCUCUGGGACCAGAUGGACAUCUAGUGGUGAAUACAGAUGGCUUCACUGUCACUGUUUUCCCCCAAGACAUGUGGUUUUUGGGUAUGAAUGAAUGAAUGA